AUGCAGGAGCGAUUAGCCCCGUGGCCUGCACUCCUGCAGGAGCGACAAGCCCCGUGGCCUGCACUCCUGCAGGAGCGACAAGCCCCGUGGCCUGCACUCCUGCAGGAGCGACAAGCCCAGUGGCCUGCACUCCUGCAGGAGCAACAAGCCCCGUGGCCUGCACUCCUGCAGGAGCGACAAGCCCCGUGGCCUGCACUCCUGCAGGAGCAACAAGCCCCGUGGCCUGCACUCCUGCAGGAGCGACAAGCCCCGUGGCCUGCACUCCUGCAGGAGCGACAAGCCCCGUGGCCUACACUCCUGCAGGAGCAACAAGCCCCGUGGCCUGCACUCCUGCAGGAGCGACAAGGCCAGUGGCCUGCACUCCUGCAGGAGCGACAAGCCCAGUGGCCUGCACUCCUGCAGGAGCGACAAGCCCCGUGGCCUGCACUCCCUGCUAAUGACCUCUCCACCAAUCCCUACGCUGCUCAAGACCUCUCCACCAAUCCCUACGCUGCUCAAGACCUCUCCACCAAUCCCCACACUGCUCAUGACCUCUCUACCAAUCCCUACACUGCUCUGACCUCUCCACCAAUCCCCACACUGCUCAUGACAUCUCCACCAAUCCCCACACUGCUCAUGACCUCUCCACCAAUCCCCACACUGCUCAUGACCUCUCCACCAAUCCCCACACUGCUCAUGACCUCUCCACCAAUCCCCACACUGCUCAUGACCUCUCCACCAAUCCCCACGCUGAUCAUGACGUCUCCACCAAUCCCCACACUGCUCAUGACCUCUCCACCAAUCCCCACACUGUUCAUGACCUCUCCACCAAUCCCCACACUGCUCUGA